AUGUCGCUCUCCCACCCACCACUCGCCGCAGACAUGCCCACUCCCACGCGAAACAUCCUCUCGACCAUGCCCUCGGAAAUCCAGGAUUUCAUCUACAAAUACGCCCUCCUCGAACCAGACACCAAAGACGCCGUCGUACAGGUGCAUCGCACAGGGUAUUCCCGCCCAGGACUCCUUCAAACAUGCAAGCAGAUCCGCAGCGACGCCCUCAAGAUUUGGUACUACGGUACCAAAUUCCACGUCAGAAUCCAUGAUUUUGACUCGGCUCCUCUUCAGAAAUGGGGGGCUUCGUUCACUUCCAUUGGAUUGAUUCGCGGCAAGGUUACCAUGUACAGCACACCUCGCUGGGAGCCUUCGUGGGAUAAUCUCAUCGUCUGGCUGGAGCUUUACCAUGCAGGAAUUUUGCAUGGCAGAUGUCCACAGCCUGCUCAUCUUCUGGAGCAGGCAAAGGAGAAUCGGGUCGACCUUCAAUGGUAUUUCCCCGGGGUUAUGUUUGACGUKGCCAAGGCGCUGAGGCAUGUGGAGUGGAAGGAAGUGAAGGAAAUCUUGGUCAGCAUGCGGACAUCUUUGCUUGCUACCGACUCGAGGUGGAAUGAUUGA